GACAGCUGUUUCUCUCCGUUCAGUUUUAUUAUUGAUCUUUAUUGAAAGUUUAUUGAUUAAAUUACUUAACGGAAACUUUUCUCCGUUUGCUCUCAGACGGUGAGCGCGUGCUGCUCACGUGCGUCACGGCUCGCGGCGGAUUAUCAGGACCGGGUCUGAGCAGGACCGGGUCUGGUGGUCCAUGGAGAAGUUCGGGAUGAGUUUUGGGGGGACGAGCAGGAAGGACCUGCUGGAGACCAUCGAGGCCCAGAAGAAGCAGCUGGUCCAGUACCAGACCCGCUUCAGGGACGUGGUCCAGGCCUACAAGAGUCUGCUGAAGGAGAAGGAGGCUCUGGAGUCCAGCCUGCAGGUCCUGACCGGGUCCAGCCUGCAGGUCCAGACCGGGUCCAGCCUGCAGGCUCAGACCAGGUCCCAGCAGGCGGACCCCCAGGACCCCCCAGAUGACCGCAGCUCCCCCCACAGCGAGGCCUCCACGGACCCGCCAGAGACCGCCAGAGACCAGGCCGAGGAGGACCCGGGGGGGCCGGGAGGACCGGGAGGACCCCCCAGACCCGAGACCGGCGGCUGUGAGGGCGGGGAGGCGGAGGACCAGCAGGCCGCCGCCCCCCCCGGCGGCUCGGAGUCGGACCGCAGAGUCGCUCAGCUGAAGAACCAACUGAGCACGCUCAGCGGAGCCGUUGCCACGGUGACGCAGGAGAAGUCCCGCAUGGAGGCCGGUUUCCAGGCCGACCGGCGGCAGCUGAGACAGGAAGUGGAGGAUCUGCAGGACCGGCUGGUCGCCAUGACGACGCAGCACGAGGCCGAGAUCCGGAUCCUGCAGGACCAGCUGGCGGAGAGCCGAGCCCGGAUCAUCACCCAGCAGCACGACCGAGAACUGGAGCAGCGAGACCACGUUCUGCAGCUCCAGGAGCUCACCAGGAUCCUCCAGGACCAGGACCGGGACCACACCAGACCGGAUCCCAGAGUGGACCAGCUGCAGAGAGAACUACUGGACCUGAAGAACCAGAUCCAGGACCAGGUCCACAGCGAGACCAAGAGGGUGUGCCAGGCGGAGGAGCGUGCACGUGAGCGCGCUCAGGCUGCAGAGCUGCGUGUCGCCGGUCUGGAGCAGCGUCUGUCCGAACUGUCGGAGCUGCUCGGGUCGAGCGAGAAGACGAAGCAGCGAGACCAGCAGGUGGUCCAGAGACUGCGAGACCGGAUCCUGCAACUCGAUACCGAGAACAAGAUGCUCGCCAUGGCGACGGCCGGCAGGGCGACCUCCGACCCCGACGAGGCUCAGCUGGACGUGGCGGCGCUGAAGGAGAAGAUGGAGAAGGUAAAGAAGCUGCUGCUGGCGGCGGCCCAGAAGAACCCGGACCAGGCGCCCCUCAUCCUCAAACUGGCCCAGAGCGAACCGGGCCAGCAGGAGGCGAACCAGCAGGAGCUGCGGCAGCUGAGAGACGAGUUCGAGCGCUACAAGCUGCGCGCGCAGGUGGUUCUGAAGAACAAGAACGCCAGAGACGGCUGCCAGGCCCGCGAGCUGGAGGAGGUCCGGGACCAGCUGGCGGAGCUGAAGGAGAAAUACAUCAACCUGCGGAUCCAGAGCGACGAGGCCGAGGCCGAGCAGCGCCGGCGGCUGGAGGAUCGGACGCAGCGGGCGGCAGAGCUGCAGCAGAACCACAGACAGGAAGCGGAGCGCGUGGCGGUUCUGCACCGGGACGAGCUGCAGCGUCUGGAGGCGGAGCUUCACAAGCAGCGUGAGCGGACCAUGGCGCUGCUGGACGAGAAAGACCAGGAGCUGGAGCGCCUGCGGGCCUCCGUGCCGGCCCCCGAAGCUCCGCGCUGCAGCGCCGGCGACGAGGACGACGAGGCCGACGGCACCACCACGGAGAGCGAGGGCGACAUCAUCAGCCGGGCCCUGCGGCGGGCGGCGCACGCCGAGCCGACGCUGCUGCUGUACGCGGAGCAGCUGGCCCGGAAGGAGGCGGAGGCCGGCGCUCUGCGGCGCCACAAACACCAGCUGGAGGAGGACGUGCACCGGCUGCAGGCCAAACUCAUCGCCGACGCCGAGCGCCACGACGAGGAGGCGGCCGAGCUGCGAUCCGGACUCGACAAACUGAUCCGAGACCAGAACCGCGAAGGCGCCAACAUGGAGUACCUGAAGAACGUGGUCUACAGGUUCCUGACGCUGCCGGACGCCGGCGGCAGGCAGCAGACGCUCGGCGCCAUCCUCACCAUCCUGCACUUCAGCCCGCAGGAGAGGCUCGCCGUCGGCCGGCUGCGGGGCGCCACUUGGUGGUCGCCUAGCAACAGAUAACACCUGACGCUCAGACAGGAAGUGACGCUUUGACUUCAGA